AUGCCGCCCGGAAAGGUCCUGCAGCCGGUGCUGAAGAUGAAAGUGGACGAGUUGUUCCUGCGCUGGCUCAGCGAAGCCGGCACGCAGCUCAUGCUGCAAGAGUGUCUGCGCGGCAUCCAGGCGCGGCCGCAGCCAGAUGCUGGGCCGCCCGCACCGCCCCCCCACCUCGGGCCUGACCGCCCCGGGACUUCCAGCCCGGCCCCUGCUGUGCCCCUGGGGGCCGCCUCGAGCCCCAGGAGUGGGCCCCACCCGCGGAGCGCUCGCAGAUCGGCGGGGACGCGAGCGAUUCAGACGAAGAAGGAGGAACCCCUCCCCCCUGCCUCGAGUCAAAGCAUUCCGACCUUCCACUUCCCCCGAGGACGCCCACAGAACACGUUGAACAUUGAUGCUGUCAUCACCAAGAUCGAGCGGACGUUUGCCCAAUUCCCCCAUGAGAGGGCCACCAUGGAGAAUAUGGGCCUUGUGGCCAAGGCCUGCGGCUGCCCGUUGUAUUGGAAGGCACCACUGUUCUGCGGCGCUGGUGGAGAGCGCACAGGCUCUGUGUCUGUUCACAAGUUCGUCGCCAUGUGGAGAAAAAUCCUCCAGAAUUGUCACGAUGACGCAGCCAAGUUCACCCAUCUGCUCAUGAACCCUGGUUGCAACUACCUGGUGCAGGAGGACUUCGUCCCCUUCCUGCAGGAUGUAGUGAACACCCACCCAGGCCUGUCCUUCCUAAAGGAGGCAUCUGAGUUCCACUCUCGCUACAUCACCACAGUCAUCCAGAGGAUCUUCUACACCGUCAACAGGUCCUGGUCAGGGAGAAUCACCUGUGCUGAGCUCCGGAGGAGCAGCUUCCUGCAGAAUGUGGCACUCCUGGAGGAGGAAGCAGACAUCAAUCAGCUGACUGAGUACUUCUCAUACGAGCACUUCUAUGUCAUCUACUGCAAGUUUUGGGAGCUGGACACAGACCAUGACCUGCUUAUUGACGCACAGGACCUGGCCCGACACAACGAUCAUGCCAUCUCCUCCAGGAUGGUCGACAGGAUCUUCUCUGGAGCGGUGACCCGAGGUAGAAAAGUUCAGAAAGAAGGAAAAAUAAGCUACGCUGACUUCGUCUGGUUUCUGAUCUCUGAAGAAGACAAGAAAACUCCAACCAGCAUUGAGUACUGGUUCCGCUGCAUGGACCUGGACGGGGACGGGGCGCUGUCCAUGUUCGAGCUUGAGUACUUCUACGAGGAGCAGUGCCGUAGGCUGGACAGCAUGGCCAUUGAGGCCCUGCCCUUCGAGGACUGCCUCUGCCAGAUGCUGGACCUGGUACAGCCACAGAGUGAAGGGAAGAUCACACUGAGCGACCUGAAGCGCUGUAGGCUCGCCCACGUCUUCUUUGACACCUUCUUCAAUGUUGAGAAGUACCUGGAUCACGAGCAGAGAGAGCAGGGCUCCCUGCUCAGGGAGAGUGACUGCGAUGGCCCAGAGCUGUCAGACUGGGAGAAGUAUGCUGCUGAGGAGUACGACAUCCUGGUGGCCGAGGAGGCUGCAGGGGAGCCGUGGGAGGAUGGGUAUGAGGCUGACCUUAGCCCUGUGGAGCAGAAGCUGAGCGCGCUGCGGUCCCCUCUGGCCCAGAGGCCCUGCCUGGAGGCACCGACAGCUCUUGGUGCUGUCGACCUGUAUGAGCUCGCAUGUGGGGAUGACGACCUACAGGCACUGUGACACGUGUGCUGUGGCUACUGUGACAUGC